CCUUACAUAAUCCCAAAGAAUUUAAGUGAUGUAAAUUUUAGAGGGAUAACUUUGUCUUAACCUUUAAAACACAGUCAGCAAGCUUCCAGCAACUAUUUUUAUGCUUUCAUUAGAAGCAUGCUGGUAAACUCUUGAUAAGGAUUACAGCCUUCCUUGGCAGGAUCUUGGAACCUGCCAGGAUUUAAGGCCAAUAACUACCCUGUGAAUUAGUCUCCAGGUAAAAACAGCCGGAGGUUGCCUUUGUUUUUUAAAGAGCAGUUUAUAAUCUUAGCUUUGGAAGAGUGAUUUAAACUACCUGUUUGUUAGGCCUGACUUGUGAUUGAGCGGAGCGAGGCCGACCAGCACUCACGCUGAGGGAGCGGGUGGCCUCGUGCUCGACCACGCCCAGGGAAUGCGGCCUUCCCGGCUUUGUGCAUUUGCGCACGCGCUGUGGCGCCAACUUCGCCACUAGGAGGCGCCGGGCUCUCCUCAGGUCGGCCCUUAGGGCGGUGCGUGUGGAUGUGACGUCACCGCGUGCGCCGCCUCUUGUUGCCGGGCAGCGAUGGCGGCUACUCUGGAGUCCUCCGUGGAGGACACGCUGCGGAACUUUGUUCGAGUUUUGGAGAAGCGAGAUGGCACAGUGUUACGACUGCAGCAGUAUGGCUCUGGCGGCGUGGGCUGCGUUGUUUGGGAUGCUGCCAUUGUUCUUUCUAAGUACCUGGAAACACCCGAGUUUUCCGGCGACGGGGCCCACGCUCUGAGCCGGCGGUCGGUGCUGGAACUGGGCUCUGGCACAGGGGCCGUGGGGCUCAUGGCCGCUACCCUCGGGGCUGAUGUUGUAGUCACCGAUCUUGAAGAAUUGCAAGACUUGCUGAAAAUGAAUAUUAAUAUGAACGAGCAUCUUAUCACUGGUUCCAUUCAAGCCAAGGUACUGAAAUGGGGUGAAGAAAUAGAAGACUUUCCUUCUCCACCAGACUACAUACUGAUGGCUGACUGCAUAUACUAUGAAGAGUCUUUGGAGCCAUUGCUGAAAACUCUAAAAGAUCUUAGUGGAUAUGAGACUUGUAUUAUAUGUUGUUAUGAGCAACGAACAAUGGGGAAAAAUCCAGAAAUUGAGAAAAAAUAUUUUGAGCUUCUCCAACUAGACUUUGACUUUGAAAAAAUUCCUUUGGAGAAACAUGAUGAAGAAUAUCGAAGUGAAGAUAUUCAUAUUUUAUACAUCAGAAAGAAAAAACCGAAAUCUCCAUCGUGAAAUCUUUAGUCAUCUUACCCAAGUCUCUAACAACCUGGGUAAGCUAAAGAUGUGAGUGGGGCCUGUGAAUACAGCGUGGGAAGAUUGUGUUCACAGAUUAUUCCAGCAUGUCCUUAGAGACUCGAUAUAUAAAUGACAACUACCGUGGCUGCCUGCAAUUUGAAAAAUGAUUACUGCCUGCCUGCCUGCCAUUGGGCCUGAAAAUCAACUUAGUUUACUUUUAGCUCAGCAUCAAGAUCUGCUUAAAAGACAAUUGCAUAUCAGUCACUCCUCAAAUGAAAAUAGGUAUUGAGAUUUGCCAGAGUCUGCCAAAAAUAAAGUGAAGCAACAUGGUUGACUUGGUGUAUCUUCAGGAAACUAGACAUAAACUGGUCCAAUUUCUAAAGAGAGGCAUCUAUUACUAUGUAAUUAUGUUUAAAUGGAGACUAGAAAAAUUUAGUUGUCUUCAAGACAGAUAAAUCUGAAAGGAGGUAUUUAUUUUAACAUCAUUCUGCAGUGGUUUUAUAUGUAUCUUCCACUUCAUUGCUGUUAUUAAGAUAGCUUUAGUAUUUAAAUAUUCUCUUAUUUUUAAAAAAUAUUAUUUUGUAUACUUAAAUUAGCCAAAGUUUUAUUCUUUUCCUCCACCAUACAUGUCUAUGUGAGUUGGAUAGUAAAUUAUACUGUAAUGAGUUGGUAAGAAUGAACGUAAAUCAUGAGGGGGAAAGGUAUCUUUACAGAGUCUUCCAUUUGAGAAUGGAGUGAGAAUAAACAGCCUGGUUUCAGGCUUAUGCACUUAUGUGGCUCUUGCACUUCUCCUUGGGUGUAUCUUCUAGGAAAAUGACUAAAACCAUUGGUGUUUGUACAUGAAACAGAAAGGUUUUUAAGUAACUACACGUGUAGUUCUGUAUACAUUUACCAAAUGACUUUGGUUCUAUGUAGUCUGUUUUGUGUUAUUAAUGAUAAUCAUCUGCUCACAGACUUGAUCUGUCAAGGAUUUCAGUCACACCAGUUGUGAAGAGUAAUACUUACUGGAUGGGAUUCUGGUACUUAUAGGCAUUGGUGCUAGGUGGCACAUUUUAUGUAUUAAAAUAAACAUUGUUUUCAAGA